CUGCACUCUACUCUUGUUUCGGAAUUAUUAUUGUGCCAAAAUCCGUGACUAUAAAAUCCUGUAGCUGUCUUCCAAGGAGCCGAGGCAAUGAAGGCGUUAGUGCUCACCCUCCUCUUCCUCCUCAUUGCGGCCAGUGAAGCCAAACGAUAUUCCAAAUGUGAACUGGCUUCAUUUCUGAAAGGAAGUGGCGUGGAUGGAUAUUAUGGCUACAGUUUGGGCAACUGGAUCUGUAUGGCUUCUUAUGAGAGCAGUUUUGACACUGGAGCUGUGAGUAGGCUAAAUGACAAUGGCAGUCGCGACUAUGGGAUUUUCCAGAUAAACAGCCGCUAUUGGUGCAAUGAUAACCAGGGCCAUACUGCUAAUGGCUGCAACAAACCUUGCAGUGUAGCUGCACUGGAGAAAUCAGACAUCGUCCUCCAAGAAGCCACAGCAAUGAAGGCAUUAGUGCUCACCUUCCUCUUCCUCCUCGUUGCAGCCAGUGAAGCCAAACGAUAUACCAGAUGUGACCUGGCUUCAGUUCUGAAACAAAAUGGCAUGGAUGGAUAUGAGGGUGUCAGCUUGGGAGACUGGAUCUGUAUGGCUUCUUCUGAAAGCAGUUUUGACACCGGAGCUGUGAGUAGGCUAAAUGACAAUGGCAGUCGCGACUAUGGGCUUUUCCAGAUAAACAGCCGCUAUUGGUGCAAUGAUAACCAGGGCCGUACAGCUAAUGGCUGCAAUAAACCUUGCAGUGAUUUCAUAGAUGAUGACAUCACAGAUGAUAUUACUUGUGUUAAGAGAGUUGUGCGUGAUCCCAAUGGGAUGAAUGCCUGGUAUGGCUGGAAAAGCAAAUGCCAAGGAAGAGAUCUGUCAGAAUGGACUCGGGACUGCAAGCUCUGAGACUGAUGAUCCUGCAUUUCUCUUCCUCCUCCUACGACAAAAAUGAUGCUAUUUCUUAUAUAACCAAUUAUGACUGGAUAUAUUGAUUCUAUACUUGUAUUCCACAUGUUGGGAUGAAUGGAUUUCUUUGCAUAGAUAUGAUGAUUUUAAAAAGGGUUUUGGGUAGAAAGAGGAAAAGAGUUUGCUUUUUAAAAUCUUCAG